AAUCAAAGACCACUCACAUUGCUUCAGAUCUGAUAACGACGACAUCAUUUACCAGGAAUACAAAAUCCAGGAGGAUGAUCGUUGAUCCAUGCAGCAUUGCCGGGGCUUCCCAACAGGGCAGGAAAAGCAGUUGUCGGCUAACCGUUCAGCCGGCGACUUCUCCACUGCUUCCCGCACUUAGCCGAAUCGGGGGUUUUGCGACUUCCUCCAUGCGAUAAUAAUAUGGGGCAAGAAAGGUCGAACUUCCCCGAUUCCCACAGGCGUGCGACUUUGGCCUGCAGUCUCAACUUUCCCAGGAUCUUCAUCUGUAUUGGUGCAAUAACUUCUGCCUGAAGAAAUGGCCCCUAGCAAAGCGACCAAAGUCUCUCGGAUCACCGUGGCAUGCAAUUCCUGCCGGUUCAGGAAGCAGAAGUGCAAUGGAAAUAAACCGAUCUGCACACAAUGUCAUCAACACAACCGGCGUUGCGAUUGGCCCGAACAACUGAAACGAGGCCCCGCCAAAGGCUACAUCGAAGCUCUCGAGCAUCGGCUUCAAGAGACCGAAUCUCUGCUUUUGAAAUUCCUGGCACACAUGUCCGACGCCCAAAUAUCAUCCUCGAUACAUAGUGCUCAGUCAGAUAUCCACCCCGGCAUGACUGCGGCCCGAAGUCCUCCGCCGUCCUAUACAUCGUCCUCGCGAUCGGGGAAACGAGGAACGGAGUACUGGAAACAGUUUCCUCUCAACAGCGUACAGGAUGUCAGAGCGUGGCAGCAGGACUGCCAGAAUCAAGACCAACGACCGGGCUCAGGACGAAACUCGGCGGACAGGGCGGUCACGAGCGUCUCCGACAUCCUCAAUUCCAGGGAUAGUGAACCUUUGAGGGAGAAUUCACACGAACCUAGCGACUACCGACCAGCGGCUGCCUCCAGAUCCGAGCUUCCGCCGCUAACCCCAUACCGAGCCAACGUAUAUGCGAGACUGGACGAAGGAAGCGAACCGGUGAAAGAACCGAUUAGUAGCCUCGAGAAUCACCCCGAGGCGUACCGAGAGAGGGAGGCCGAGCCGCAUUCUGGCCCGAUGUUUCCCGCCAUACAGCUCCCCCGUAUCAGUUGUUCUCAGUCGGACCACUUGCGAGGGCACGGGCUGAGCACACCGCAAGCACCGAGUUUAUGGAGGGGCGCACCUUCU